CAACAAACGAACUGAUAUUAUCCUGCAUUGCCGUUCGAAGGAGAUGGCGGCACGGCACUUGUUCUCCGUCUUCGAUGUGACCCGCCAAGUCUUCUUCGAGACCCCACUCUCUCUCGGCAUCGUUAAUCUCAAGCCGCUUAGACCUGGCCAUGUCCUGAUCAUCUCGAAACGCGUCGUCCCCCGCCUGGUGGACUUGGACCACGCCGAGGUCUCCGACCUCUUCCAAUGCGUGCAGCGCGUCGGCCACAUGGUUGAGAAGGCGUACGAGGCCGAGGCGCUCAACAUCGCUGUGCAGGAUGGCGCCUCUGCCGGCCAAUCCGUCCCCCACGUCCACGUACACAUCAUCCCACGCCUCCGCUCCGACUUCGGUGGGGAGCCCGACAACGUCUACCCAGCGCUUGAAGGGGCCGAGAGAGACCUGAACGCCGACCUGGUACGUCACCGCAGCGUGAGCGACAGCGCCGGCACCGGCGCCGGCGCCGUAGAAGCUGCAGUGGAGGCGGCUAAGCGGCGGCGCGCGAACGGGUGGCAGGUGCCGAAGGACGAGGAGCGGCGGCCACGCAACAUCGAGGAGAUGGAGGCGGAGGCGCGCUGGCUCGCGGGCCUCCUCUCUAGGUCAUAGAGCCGAGAAUUUAGACUAGCAUGCAUUGCACAACGAGCGAACAUCUUGUCGGCGUGGAAAUAUUCGACCGACAGUAGCGAGCUCGCUUAGCCACGGGUCUGACAUCAUGGUUG